AGUACAUGAAAAUUGUACAAAGAACCGUGGCCGCCCCCAACUCACUCAUUCUUCAUAAACCAGCAUGCCACGACCAGGUUUCAGAGGUGGCGGUCGUAGAGGCUCGAGUAGAGGCGGUGCAGGCCGCAACCCCUCCUCUCGGGGCCUCGCAGAUGCUCAGUCGUAUGCAACAGAACCAUCAUACAUUCGAACGGUCUUCUCACUGGCCGAUGAGGCUCGAUCAACAGCUCAUGGACAUACUCCCUGGAGUGCUGGCACUCGGCUUCGAAAUCAACCCGUCAACUUUGUGAGUGCUGGGGCUGUCGAUCCUCUCAAACAGCUAGAAGACCAGCUCCAACGCCUGGAAAGAGAACUACAAUCCAAGGCCAAUGAUGCUCUGGAUGGUCUGUCGCGCCAGGCACCCACGUCCAUGCUAGACGUCACCUCCCAACAAGCCGACAUAGUAUCUGAUCAUAUGACUCCCAUGGUUGUCCAGGGUCCGGCGUUUGAUAAUCCAUCAGCUAGCCCCUGGGAAGGCUUGGGUUCUACCUCAAACCAUGCUGAAGAGGAUUUUGCGUCCCAACACAGCAGACCAGCGUCUCCAAUCUUCAAUUCAACUGCGCCCAACGACAACCCUGCUUCUGCCGAGGCCAGUCAAGUUGCUGUCGUACCGACUGAGCCCCCAUCAAGUCCAUUGCUUUUUUUCAUCGACACCAAUGGAGAUCCCUCACACCGCCAUCAGAGGAGUGUACCCGAAGAUACUCAUCAGCUAUCCACACUUGAGUCGAGUGGCGAUUCGAGCGAGGAGGUCAUCUUGUUUAGAGGACGUAACAAAAUGGGGCCAAAGAGUCGUCAAAUCGUCCCACAGAAGCCAAAUAGGCCACAUGCGAAGCAGCAAAAAAAGGCUUUCGAUCUCAGGGACAUUCAAAAAGAGGUACACCAGCUUGUUACGGAUGCCGAUAUUCGUGGCCCUUCGGCAGUGGGAACUCAAGCACUGUCGCCAAACUUGCCUAGUAAGAACAGGGAAAAAAGGCAGAAACACAAGGUGAGAGCGAAUGGCAACCUAAGACAAGCAGAAGACGCCAGUAAGGAACAGGAAGCAAUCCUGGCUGAUUACAUUGCCAACAUGCGCGAAAAUGGCGAUGAUCUGGGCUUAAUCACAAGUCAAGGUCAUGCCAAACGUGAUAUUGGUGGUUCAGACAUGGACAUGCACGUGGAGAACGACUUGCAAUCAGCGCAGAAUGAUGAUAAGUCAGGGCUGAGUGGAGAUGCUGCUUCCCUAGCCGGGUCCUCGAAAUCCGUUGGCGAUCUUGACGCUUUGGAUUACGAAUCCAAGCAGCGUGAGCCACAUACAAGGCUGACCGAUAGCGACUUUCUCCUUGCCCAAAUGUUUGCUGCAGGCGAAGCAACCGAUGCAUACAGCUCGCAAGAUGACGAAUACGAUGAUCUUGAUUUCAUGGAAUGGGGCGAUCCCAUCACCAAGCGCACACGUAAACCGAAAAAGGGGAAGCUCCCGGUGUUCAACGUAUCGGAUUCUGAACUUGAGGCUGUCCUGCUGUCCACAUACAACAACGACAGACUCAAGAAAGCCGGGAGAAAGAAAGAGCGCGAAAAGUUGCGCGCGCAAGGCUUACUCGGCAAGAAGGGCAAACCGGAGGACUUACGGAUCAAGUAUCCUCAAGCUGACCAUUUUGAACUCAAAAGCUUGGCGCUGCCUCCAAUGGACAACCACGCCAGGAAGGUAUUGCACGAGUUGGCCAACAAGUUCAACAUCAAGUCCAAGUCAACCGGAUCCGGCGACCAACGCCGGCCUACCCUGUACAGAACGGCCAGGACCUUGCAGUAUUCAGCGGACAAUUUUGACCAAGCCAUUGGUCGUGUGGGACGCAAAUACUUCCCUCGUAAGGAUCUGGGCUCGCGAUGGAGUGGCGUGCGGGGAUCCGUACGUCGUGGCGGUGGCGGUCAGCCGGAUACAGGCUAUCGUGACGGCGAGGUCGUUGGAGGUUCUGCCCCAGAACUGGGUCAAGAAAACCGCGGUCGCGCCAUGUUGGAAAAGAUGGGCUGGAGUACAGGAACAGCCUUGGGAUCGAUGGACAACAAGGGUAUCCUGCAACCUGUCGAGCAGAAGGUUAAAAGAGGCAAGGCCGGCCUUGGCUAG